UAACAUUCAUUGGUUUCGCACCCACUACAAAAAUGGUGAACACGCAUACACGUGCGCACGUGGCCGGCAGCGGGCCUGUGCCGAUCCGGAGCAGCCCCGGCUCCAUCCUUGAAGAUCCCGAUGCCUCAGCCGAGAAAUUUACUGCGACAGAUGAGCACGAUGAAUUCACGAUUGAAGUCGCACCGCCCUUGAGUCGGAGGGAGAAGCGAAAACUGAAGAAACAAAGAGACCUAAUCGACUCCCCUGCACAAUCCAAUUCCCCGAUUUCUACAGCAUCCAGCAACGCCACUCCUCCAAACGACCCGCCUAAGAACCGCACACUAAACCGCACACAACCCUCUACUUCGAUCUCGAUACCUAGAUCGCUCUCCACAAUGCCACCGCCGGCCCUCAACCACCCCCUCCUAGUCUGCUCCCUCGGCAACCCCGGUCCCGCCUACAAAAAUACCCUCCAUUCCACUGGCCACUACCUUCUCACCUACCUCCACGCGCGCAAGCCCUACAACUCCUUCAAAUUAGAACUAUCAGGCCUAACCGCACGUCCCAAAUCCGAGCGUUUCGAUUCCUUCCACAUAAUCAAAGGGUUCCAAAAAUCCUCAGAUGUGGAGCCCGAGGACAACUUCGUGUUCUGGCAGUCGCAAACACUCAUGAACGUGUGCGGCCGCAGCGUGCGGAAAGCAUGGGAUAAGUAUCGGCGGGAGAUGGAGGGACAGGGGCGAGAACCUAGGUUGGUGGUGUUGCAUGAUGAGUUGGAAAGUCCAUUGGGGGAAGUGAAGACACGGGAUGGGAGCAGUAGUGCAAGGGGACAUAAUGGCGUGAAGAGUUGUCAAGAGCAUUUGCAGGGCGUGAAGUUUUGGCGGGUGACGGUGGGGAUUGGAAGACCAGAGAGUAGGGAUUCAAAGGUUGUGGCGGAGUAUGUGCUAAGGAGGAUGGGGUAUAAGGAGGAGAAGGCAUUGGAGAGGGCCGCGGGGCCAGUUAUGGGGCAGUUGAGGUUGAUUAGUGAGGGGAGGAUAAAAGUCUGAGCAUAUGAGUUCAGUUGGGUCGCGUUAGGUUGUGUAUGACAGAGUUGGUACAGAGCAUCGAAUUUUGAGGAGUUUGGAAGAGUUGGAAAUAGUGACAGACUUCCCCUCCCGAAGCAAUCUUGACAAGAGUUUGUAGGAUAUUGUAUAGUAUUGUAAGAGACUUAAACAUGUCUCAGUGAUAC